UCCGCUUUACGGAUUUGUGUGUCUUUCUCCCAUUGACAUGGCUGAUUGGGUUUCUAAAUUGUUUACUUUCGUCGUCUUCCUCUGCCUUGCACUUCUGCUUUUCUCCACCAGCGAGAUGCAUAUUGUGGAAGCACUUUGUACACAGCCAAGCGGGGCAUUUUCGGGACUUUGUUUCUCGAGCAGCAGCUGCGCCAACGUGUGUACUACGAAGGACAAUGGAGUUGGGGGCUACUGUUAUGGGCUUGUUUGUUUGUGCAUUGGCACAUAUUCUUGAAAUGGACACCUAUAGAUACCACGGGCACUCUAUGUCUGAUCCUGGCAGCACAUACUGUACAUGUGACGAGAUUUCCAAUGAGAGACAAGAGCGUGAUCCAAUUGAGAGAGUGAGGAAGCUAUUAUUGGCUCAUGACAUUGCUUCUGAGAAGGAGCUGAAGGACAUCGAUGAAAGAGUAUGAAAGGGCUGCGCUUCAUCUUGAUAAAGUUAAGCUGGUCUUACGGAGAUUAAUUGAUGUUCAAAAAGCAAAGGUCUGUGCAUCAAAAGAUGACCCUUUGGAGUUAUGCUCAUCUGUGACAAAAGUUACUCUUGUGGCUGAGGUGAUGCUUUCUCUGCUCUAGUCAAAUGUUGAUGGCUACAUGAAAAUAAGAUACAUGAAUAUAGCAUGUUAACAAAAAA